AUGAGAGGAGAAAACAGUUUUGAAAUUAAGCAAGUUAUCAAAGGCUAUCAUUUGUUAAGUCAACCACCCAUGAACAAAAAUUCUCCAGCAUCAAAAAAUGAUUUUACUCUAGUCUUCUUUCCAUCAAUGUGCAGCAUCACGACCAAAACAGAAAAUCAAUUCGACGAUCUAUCUACUUAUGAAGAUGAUAAAGAGAGUGUAACUGAUACAUCAAGAGAAAAUUCCAUGCUGAUGCAGUCACAAACGUCGCAAGAUUCUUUAGAAACACUAGAUGACAAAAAUAUUCCAAGUGACUUAUUAGAAGAUGAAAAUGCUUCUCCAGAAGGAAACGUCAAAGAAGACAUGAAUGGCUACAAAGAAAAAUUAGGGGAAGAGACAAUGGGACAAAAGGAAAAAGAAAAAUCACUAGCUUCCAUCAAUUCUCGAGCUAAUAAUAAAAAUAUCUACAGUGAAGUUGAUCAAUCUAGAAAAAAUAGGCGUAAACCUUUUAACAGAAAAUUUGGUCACAAAACAAGAAAACUGCGACAAGGAUCUAUAAACCCAGUUGGUGUUACAGCUCCCAAUAUAUAUUGCAGUAUAUAUUUAAAGCAAACACAUCAGCUUCUGGUUGAAGGGCAGGAGAAAAUAAAGAAUUUAUCGACCUUUAUUUAUAGAAAGCCUUUACCACAAAAAUAUGACAAAUUUUUGUUUUCAUUGCAUGCAAACAUUUCAGCCAUUUUCUAUUUUGUCCAUUUAGGUGUGGCCAAUCCUAGCAUCAUCAAAGCUUCAGCGUUUGCAUCUAGUUCACAUCAGUACUCCAUACGGGGACCUGUGUUCCAGGCAUCUAAUGCGAGACUGAAUCACAGAGAAAAACUGAACGUGACUGCAGGAGCGUGGUGCGCGAAUAUAUAUGUUUCCGGAAUACAUUGGAUAAGUGUCGACCUCGGACAAAUCUACACUGUAAAUAAAAUUGCUGUUCAAAGUCGAGACAGUGCAAUUGCGUUCAUCCGAAAUUUUAAACUCAAGUAUAGCAUCAACCAGUACGAUUUUCAAUAUUAUAAAUUGCACGGAAAUGUUAAGAUUUUCUCUGGUAACAGAAGAGUCAACCAGGUUGUUUACCGAAAAUUCGAACACGCCAUCCAAGCACGUGUCAUACGACUAGAAGUUGUCAAAUAUUACGGCAGACCUUGUUUACGAUUCGAGUUAUACGGUUGUAUUAACACUAGUUUGACCACCACCCCUACGGAGAGCGGCCCUACAACAGUGACAGGUGGUGUUAAACGUUCUACACAAACGACUAAAGCUACUACUUUGUGUCCACGCAACUCCACUUGUUUGUGCAUCAAUACAUGCAAUAGUCUCGCAAAAGACCCGCGUGGUUGUCAUAGAUUACAAUGCAUUGACGCUUGCUCCUGUCCGAAAUAUUUUAAAUACAGUAAAAGAACUGGUUAUUGCCACUCAGACCCGAAGUGUCCGUGUGUGCGAAAUGGAAAGGUUUUUGUGGUGGGUUGUUUCUAGCUUUGACUGGGCUGCUGUAGUUUGUUUCCAAAAUUUGGCACAGUAAAUUUAUAAAAGUAUGCUUAAAAUGACAUCGAAAUUUACAAUAUACCUCUUUCAGGCCAUAACUUGAAAAUGUUUGUUAAUUUCAUAUCCAGUACUAUUUUGGUCCAAAGUAGACUAGGAAAAAAAUGAAAUAUUUUCCCCAAAAAGUUCCGAUCUCGGUCUUUGAAUUUACUUUUUAAUUUA